AUGCGAUCUUUUGCGCCUUGGGCCCUGAGUCUCUUGGGCGCUUCGGCUGUGGUGUCUGCCAGUGAUGCCCAGGCCGACGCCCCCUCUGACGUGAAAUCAUUGACCCAGGACACAUUCAACGAUUUCGUCAACGAGCAUGAUCUAGUGCUGGCGGAGUUCUUUGCACCAUGGUGUGGACACUGCAAGGCUCUGGCGCCCAAAUACGAGGAGGCCGCCACUCAGUUGAAGGAGAAGAAUAUCCCCUUGGUCAAGGUUGACUGCACCGCAGAGGAAGACCUUUGUCGGGAUCAGGGAGUAGAGGGCUAUCCCACCCUGAAGAUCUUCCGCGGCGUUGAUUCGAGCAAGCCUUACCAGGGAGCUCGUCAGACUGAGGCUCUCGUUUCAUACAUGAUCAAGCAGUCCCUUCCGGCCGUUUCCAGCGUCACCGAAGAUAACCUCGAGGAUACCAAGACCAUGGACAAAAUCGUUGUGAUCGGUUACCUUGGAUCCGACGACAAGGCAGCCAACGAGGCGUUCAACGCCCUGGCAGAGGCGCAGAGGGACAACUACCUGUUCGCCGCUACCGACGAUGCGGCUAUCGCCAAGGCGGAGGGCGUCAAGCAACCCUCGCUCGUCCUUUACAAAGACUUUGAUGAGAAGAAGACCAUCUACACAGGUGAUAUCGAGCAGGAUGCUGUUUUGGCUUGGGUGAAGACUGCCAGUACCCCUCUUGUGGGUGAGAUUGGCCCAGAAACCUACUCUAGUUAUAUCACGGCCGGCGUUCCCCUCGCCUACAUCUUUGCCGAAACGGCUGAGGAGCGUGAGAAGUUUACAGAGGAAUUCAAGCCCAUCGCCGAGAAGCACAAGGGCCUUAUUAACAUCGCCACGAUUGACGCCAAGAUGUUUGGAGCUCAUGCUGGAAACCUCAACCUUGAUCCUCAGACGUUCCCCGCAUUUGCCAUCCAAGACCCCGAGAAGAAGGCCAAGUAUCCUUAUGACCAGUCUAAGGAGAUCACCGCCAAGGAUGUUGGCAAGUUCAUUCAGGAUGUUCUUGACGGCAAGGUCGAGCCCAGUAUCAAGUCCGAGCCAAUUCCUGAGACCCAGGACAGCCCUGUGACUGUUGUUGUGGCCCAUUCCUACAAGGAGCUUGUCAUCGAUAACGAGAAGGAUGUUCUUCUCGAAUUCUACGCGCCCUGGUGCGGGCACUGCAAGGCUCUCGCUCCCAAAUACGAGGAACUCGCAAGCCUCUAUGCCGACGUCCCCGAUCUCGCCUCCAAGGUCACUAUUGCCAAGAUUGAUGCCACGGCCAACGAUGUCCCGGAUUCGAUCACCGGCUUCCCCACGAUCAAGCUUUACCCUGCCGGCAGCAAGGAUUCCCCUGUUGAAUACGCUGGGUCGCGUACCGUUGAGGACCUUGUCAGCUUCGUGAAGGAGAAUGGCAAGCAUAAGGUUGAUGCUCUUGUCAACACCGAGGAAGGCGGCGAGGCCGCCGAAAGCCCUUCCGCUUCUAGCGAGACUGAGGCUCCUGCCGCCACUGAUGACAAGGCUGAUCACGAUGAAUUGUAA